AAAUUAGUUAAAAACCCCACUUCUUGUCUACUUGCUCUCCUCUUUGUCUUCUCUCCUUCACUCACAAAUCUAAAAAGACAGAACACAAACCCAUACUCAAAAGAAGGAUACUUCUGAUUCAGAUCUGAAACAAAGUUAUGGAUCGUUAUUCGAGGAGGAACACAGAGGAUCUUGUCGUGCCUAACUAUCAAGAGACAUCGGAUUCAUAUCCAUCUCCUGAUAUGUGGGGUGGAUGGAGUAUGAACUCGCAGAAAGCUGUUGAGAAGUGCUUUGACUUCGAUGUGAUUAACAAUGGAUUCAGCGGAGGGUUAUAUAGUCAGAUGGAUAUGGAGAUGGAGACUGGUACGAGUGGAGAUGUAGGAGAGGAAUCAAAGAGGUUAAAGUCUUCUGAUGGUUGUUUCUACAACUCUGCUUCGUCGCUUCAUGAUUUCGAUGGAAUCCAACAGAUGGAUGACGUAUUCUUAAGUUCCAUUUUGGAGGAUGUUCCAGGGAAUGGGAAUCUCCACUGUUUCAAGGAGUCGGAUAACAACAGCCCUGGUGGCUCUUCCUCUGUUGCGUAUCUCGACACUCUUGAUGGCGGGGAAGUCCCGAUGUAUCAAUACAACUGGGAAGCUUGUAAUGACAUGCCUCUUAUGGAGGGGGAGGAACCAAUGAAGAUGUCGGAUCUGUGUGAGGAGAACAUGGAAGAGCCAUCUACUGAAGAAGUUGUGUUGCAGGAUCUACAGAGAGCUACUGAAAAGUUGAAUGAUGUUACCCGCAAAUGCUUCCGGGAUACUUUCUACCGGCUUGCAAAGAACUCACAACAGAAGUGUGAAUCAGGCAACAUUAACUCAGAGGAGUUCCUCCAGGAUACAACCUUCAGUGGGAACAUAAACCAGAAGACCGAAUCUGAAACGAACUCAAUAGACAGAGCAGUCGCGAACCUCACGUUCAACAAUAUGGAAUCCAACAUGAGGAAUUUGCCUCCACCAAAGAGAGUUUCUUGUAAUCAAGGGUAAGAGAAAGCUUCAGAACAAGAAACUCAUCACCAUCUUUGAUGUGUAUAUAUAUAUAUAUAUAUAUAAACAAAAAACAAAAAUAUUAUGUGUGUGUAUGUUUGCUUUGGCUUGAUUUUCCAAGCUUCAGUUUUGAUCUGCCCAAUACACUCUGAUCAAGCUUCGUUGACUUUGUUCUUCCUUCAUUUCUUGAUGCAACGUGUUGUUUACGGAAUAAAAUCAAUAUGUAAAAAUGAACUUACAUCAGAACCGUUGUUAAACAUAGGUCAAAAGAUAUUCUUUAGAAGCUUUUCAUUAAUAAAUAUGUAAAAGGAGACCACAUAAACAUAUGCAAGUGGGAAACAACCUUUAA